AUGGACAGCAGACAGCAGCAUUCACACUGGGCCUGGUCCCUGCUGGUGGUGGCACUUGUUGCUGGGAUUGCGGCAUCAACCGGGGCCACGGACAACAGCCCGACGUCCAACAGCCUGGAGGGGGGAGCUGACGCCACUGCCUACUGGUGGGGAGAGUGGACCAAGUGGACCGCGUGCUCCCGCAGCUGCGGGGGCGGGGUGACAGCCCAGGAACGGCACUGCCUGCAGCAGAGGAGGAAGUCUGUCACUGGCGCUGGGAAUAGGACCUGCACAGGAACGUCCAAGCGGUACCAGCUCUGCAGCGUGCAGGAGUGUCCGCCGGACGGGAGGAGCUUCCGUGAGGAGCAGUGCGUCUCCUUCAACUCCCACGUGUACAACGGGCGGACUUACCAGUGGAAGCCUCUGUACCCCGAUGACUAUGUCCACAUCUCCAGCAAGCCGUGUGACCUGCAUUGCACCACUGUGGAUGGCCAGCGGCAGCUCAUGGUCCCCGCCCGCGACGGCACGUCCUGCAAGCUCGCCGACCUGCGGGGGGUUUGCGUGUCUGGAAAAUGUGAGCCCAUCGGCUGUGACGGGGUGCUCUUCUCCACCCACACGCUGGACAAGUGCGGCGUCUGCCAGGGGGACGGGAGCAGCUGCACCCACGUGACGGGCAACUACCGCAAGGGGAAUGCCCACCUCGGUUACUCACUGGUGACCCACAUCCCAGCUGGCGCCCGGGACAUCCAGAUCGUGGAGAGGAAGAAGUCGGCUGAUGUGCUGGCUCUUGCAGACGAAGCUGGCUCCUUCUUCUUCAAUGGCAACUACAAGGUGGACAGUCCCAAGAACUUCAACAUCGCGGGCACCGUGGUCAAGUACCGGCGGCCCAUGGACAUCUACGAGACUGGCAUCGAAUACAUCGUGGCGCAGGGGCCCACCAACCAGGGCCUGAACGUCAUGGUAUGGAACCAGAACGGCAAAAGCCCCUCCAUCACCUUCGAGUACACGCUGCUGCAGCCACCGCACACGCACCGCAUCCAGCCCAUGUACUACAGCUUCUCGGAGCCCACCUCCGAGAGCGCCGAGAGCCAGGAGCUGGACGGGACUGGGCUGCUGGACCUCAUCCAGCACAAUGGCUCCCUCUACGGCCCGGCCUCCUCAGAGCGGCUGGGCCUGGAAAACCGGCUAUUCGGCCACCCUGGCCCAGAGAUAGAGCUGGGCCUGAGCAAGGGCCCGGAGACCAACGAGGUGUGCGAGCAGGCCAGCGGCGGGGCCUGCGAGGGGCCCCCCAGGGGCAAGGGCUUCCGAGACCGCAACGCCACCAGGACGGCUCUCAUGGGGGACAAAGAAGACCAAGAGGUGGACGCCCAUUUCACCUCCCAGGAGUUCCUCCCAGCCAACGCCAUCUCUGACCAGCUCCUGGGCACAGGCUCUGACUCGAAGGAGUUCAGCCUCAAUGAGACCGUGAACAGCAUCUUCGCACAGGGUGUCCCGAGGAGCCCCCCGGCUGGGAGCCUCUAUGUGGACUAUGAGGAGGACAAGGGAAUGGCGGCUUCCCUGCUCAACGGGUCCUUCCUGGAGCUGAGCAGUGACAGGGUUACCAACACCUCCUCUGAGGCCUCUUUCCCCAACGUCAAUGCCAGCGUCCCCACCAGCAACAGGACUCACAAGGCCAGGACCAGGCCCAAGGCCCGCAAGCCAGCCAUAAGCCCGGCGGACAUGUACCGGUGGAAGCUGUCAUCCCACGAGCCCUGCAGUGCCACCUGCACCACAGGCGUCAUGUCCACGUAUGUCAUGUGCGUCCGCUAUGACGGCGUUGAGGUGGACGGCAGCUACUGCGACGCCCUGACCCGGCCCGAGCCCGUCCACAACUUCUGUGCUGGGAGGGAAUGCCAGCCCAGGUGGGAGACCAGCAGCUGGAGCGAGUGCUCGCGCACCUGCGGCGAGGGCUACCAGUCCCGCAUCGUGCGCUGCUGGAAGAUGCUGUCGCCCGGCUUCGACAGCUCCGUGUACAGCGACCUGUGCGAGGCGACCCUGGCCGUGCGGCCCGAGGAGCGCAAGACCUGCCAGAACCCGGUCUGUGGGCCCCAGUGGGAGAUGUCCGCGUGGUCCGAGUGCCGGGCCAAGUGUGGGGAGCACAGUGUGGUGACCAGGGACAUCCGCUGCUCGGAGGACGAGAAGCUGUGUGACCCCAACACCAGGCCCAUGCGGGAGAAGAACUGCACGGGCCCCCCCUGCGACCGCCAGUGGGCCGUCUCCGACUGGGGACCGUGCAGCGGGAGCUGUGGUCAAGGCCGCACCAUCAGGCAGGUGUACUGCAAGAGCAGUGACGGACAGGCGGUCCGUGAGUCUCAGUGCCAGAUGCAGCCCAAGCCUCUGGCCAUCCACCCCUGUGGGGACAAGAACUGUCCCCCCCACUGGCUGGCCCAGGACUGGGAGCGGUGCAACACCACCUGCGGGCGUGGUGUGAAGAAGCGACUCGUGCUGUGCAUGGAGCUGGUCGACGGGAAGCCACUGACCCGCAGUGGCUCUGAGUGUGGGCUGGCCAGCAAGCCCCCUGAGGAGAGCACGUGCUUCGAGAGGCCCUGCCUCAAGUGGUACACUAGCCCGUGGUCGGAGUGCACCAAGACCUGUGGGAUAGGCAUGAGGAUGCGGGACGUGAAGUGCUACCAGGGGACCGAAAUCGUCCGUGGCUGUGACCCACUGGUGAAACCUGAAAGCAAGGAGUACUGUGACCUGGAUCCCUGCCCCACAGAGCCCCCGGACGACAGCUGCCAGGACCAGCCAGGCACCAACUGCGCCCUGGCCAUCAAGGUGAACCUCUGCAGCCACUGGUACUACAGCAAGGCCUGCUGCCGCUCCUGCAGGACCCCGCACUCCUAG